CCAUGGCACCGCCCGUGAGGGCACCGCCCCGUGAGGGAAGGGCCGCCAUGGCACCGCCCCGUGAGGGCAGCGCCUCCGCGCACGGUGCCCCGUGACGCCACCGCCGCCGCCAUGGCCGCCCGCAGGGCGCUGCACUUCGUCUUCAAAGUGGGAGACCGGGCCCGCACGGCGCGGUUCUACCGCGAGCUGCUGGGCAUGAGGGUGCUGCGGCACGAGGAGUUCGAGGAGGGCUGCAAGGCCACCUGCAACGGCCCUUAUGAUGGAAAAUGGAGCAAGACCAUGGUGGGCUAUGGACCAGAGGACAAUCACUUUGUGGUGGAGCUGACUUACAAUUAUGGCGUUGGAGAAUAUCGCCUGGGCAACGACUUCCUGGGCAUCACUCUGGUGUCCAGCCAGGCUGUGAGCAACGCCAAGAAGAUGGAGUGGCCCCUCAAAGAGGUCACCUCUGGUGUCUUUGAAACUGAAGCCCCAGGAGGAUACAAGUUCUACCUGGAAGACAAGGAACAGUUCAAGCAAGAUCCCGUGUGGAAGGUAACCCUGGGUGUCUCAAACCUGAAGAAGUCUGUGAGCUACUGGUCUGGCUUGCUUGGGAUGAAAAUAUAUGAGAAGGACGAGGAGAAGCAAAGGGCUUUGCUGGGCUAUGCUGACAACCAGUGCAAGCUGGAGCUGAGGGCUGUUGGAGGGGCAGUGGAUCACGGGACAGCGUUCGGCCGCAUCGCCUUCUCCUGCGCCAAGGACGAGCUGCCGAGCAUCGAAGCCCUGAUGAAAAAGGAGAAUCAGAAGAUUCUGACGCCUCUGGUCAGCUUGGACACGCCUGGCAAAGCCACGGUGCAAGUGGUUAUUCUGGCUGAUCCUGAUGGCCACGAAGUCUGUUUUGUGGGAGAUGAAGCCUUCAGAGAGCUGUCCCAGGUGGACCCUAAUGGUGACAAGCUGUUGGAUGAUGCCAUGGCUGCAGACAACAGUGACCAGUGGUUUGCUGAGCACAACAGGAAGAAGGUUUCAGCGUAGCUGGGAGAGGAGGAAUGGACUGGGCUGCUCCUUGGAGCUCUUCCAGAAAGUGCCAAUCCUGCUUCAAGUGCUGCCUCCCCUGUCAGAAGGUGCUGGCAUGUCCCGUGGUGGGGUUUUUUUUUGGGUUGAUUUGAGCUGAUGUCUCUGGAUUUAAGCUGCUCUCUGCCUUUUUCACAUCUCCUCCUUCCAAAAAAGCUGCAGCAAAGGAGCAGCUUGGCUGCAACAGCAGGGAUCAGGAAAACCUCACAUUUCUGUGGUGUUGUACUUGAAAGAAAGGUGGAGAGACACGUUAUUUUCUGAUUAAUUAAUUUCCUGAUUAA